CAGGGACCCAAACCCAAACCCAAACCCAAACCCCUCCUCUUCGUCCCCUUCCUCCUCCGCUUCCAGUCCUAGGGUUUUGCCCGCCGCGGCGCAGCGCGAUGGAGCCCACCUCGUCGGCGUCGAUCGCGCGUCAGACGUGGGAGCUGGAGAACAGUAUCCCCGCGGCGGCCUCCGACCCGGACGCGAUGGACGCGAUAUACCGCCACGACGACGCGGCGCAGGCGCGGGCGCAGCAGGAGAAGCCCUGGGCCAACGACCCGCACCACUUCCGCCGCGCCAGGAUCUCCGCGCUCGCGCUCCUCAAGAUGGUCGUCCACGCCCGCGCCGGGGGCACCAUCGAGGUCAUGGGGCUGAUGCAGGGCAAGUGCGAGGGCGACUCCAUCAUCGUCAUGGACGCAUUCGCGCUCCCCGUCGAGGGCACCGAGACCAGGGUUAACGCGCAGGCCGACGCAUAUGAGUACAUGGUCGAGUACUCAACCAUCAACAAGCAGGCUGGAAGGUUAGAGAAUGUGGUUGGCUGGUAUCAUUCGCACCCUGGUUAUGGAUGCUGGCUGUCAGGCAUUGACGUGUCAACUCAGAUGCUUAACCAACAAUUUACAGAGCCAUUCUUGGCCGUUGUGAUAGACCCUACAAGGACUGUUUCUGCUGGUAAAGUAGAGAUUGGAGCUUUUAGGACAUACCCAAAAGAUUACAAGCCACCAGAUGAGCCUGUGUCUGAGUAUCAGACAAUACCACUCAACAAGAUAGAAGAUUUUGGUGUCCACUGCAAACAGUACUAUUCUUUGGAUAUAACUUAUUUCAAGUCAUCCCUGGACUCCCACCUCCUUGAUCUGCUCUGGAACAAGUACUGGGUCAACACGUUAUCUUCAUCACCACUUCUUGGCAACAGGGAUUAUGUUGCUGGGCAGAUUUUUGACUUAGCUGAUAAGCUAGAGCAAGCUGAAGGUCAGCUGGCACACAGUCGAUUUGGUAUGCUUAUGCCAUCACAACGAAAGAAAGAGCAAGAGGAGUCUCCACUGGCUAAGGUAACUCGGGAUAGCUCCAAAAUUACAGCCGAGCAAGUUCAUGGUCUCAUGUCACAGGUCAUAAAAGACAUCCUCUUCAACUCUGUGCACCCAUCAAGCAAGGACAACACCAGUGGCCCUGAUUCAUCUGGACCUGAGCCUAUGGUUGAAGCUUGAGAGUUACAGCGAAAUGUUUCAUUAGUUAGUGUUCUGUUCAUGCUGGGCUCACCUACACUUGAGUAUGACUUGUUCUAUUCACUUCCAAUCAUGUGCAACAUAGCUAUCCGACUCAAACUGCGCAAGUUGAGUUACACUUGCCGAAAGUCUUAAUAGAAUUCUUCUGUAAUUAUGCAUUGCCUUCUGCAUUUUGGGCUGCUAUUUAGAGGGCCGUGUAAGUUUCCUUACGAGAAAUUUUUCUUAUUAGUCAUUAGAAGAUAACCUAAUACCCUGGCUGCCAUACUAACUUUCAUCCUUUACAUGCCAUUGCCGUCU